GGAAGCGGAAGUCGGGGGCGCGCCGGCUCGCAGCAGGGACCGCCGCGGCGUCGGAUCGGGGUCCGGGUCGCCAUGGGGCGCGGCAGCGGCACCUUCGAGCGUCUCCUAGACAAAGCGACCAGCCAGCUUCUUCUGGAGACUGACUGGGAGUCCAUCCUCCAGAUCUGCGAUCUGAUCCGCCAGGGGGACACACAAGCCAAAUAUGCCGUGAGUUCCAUCAAGAAGAAAGUCAACGACAAGAACCCCCACGUGGCCCUGUACGCCCUGGAGGUCAUGGAGUCUGUGGUGAAGAACUGUGGCCAGACGGUCCACGACGAGGUGGCCAACAAGCAGACCAUGGAGGAGCUGAAGGAGCUGCUGAAGAGGCAGGUAGAAGUAAAUGUCCGAAACAAGAUCCUGUACUUGAUCCAGGCCUGGGCACACGCCUUCCGGAAUGAACCCAAGUACAAGGUGGUCCAGGACACGUACCAAAUCAUGAAGGUGGAAGGACACGUCUUCCCCGAGUUCAAGGAGAGUGACGCCAUGUUUGCGGCAGAGAGAGCCCCAGACUGGGUGGAUGCUGAGGAAUGCCACCGCUGCCGGGUACAGUUCGGGGUCGUGACCCGCAAGCACCACUGCCGGGCGUGUGGCCAGAUCUUCUGUGGCAAGUGCUCCUCCAAGUACUCAACCAUCCCCAAGUUUGGCAUCGAGAAGGAAGUGCGGGUGUGCGAGCCCUGCUAUGAGCAGCUCAACAAGAAAGCGGAGGGAAAGGCUGCCUCAUCAACGGAGCUGCCCCCGGAGUACCUGACCAGUCCCCUGUCCCAGCAGUCCCAGCUGCCCCCCAAGAGGGAUGAGACGGCCCUGCAGGAGGAGGAGGAGCUGCAGCUGGCACUGGCCCUAUCGCAGUCAGAGGCCGAGGAGAAGGAGAGGAUGAGACAGAAGUCGGCCUACACCGCGUACCCUAAGGCGGAGCCCGCGCCCGUGGCCUCGUCAGCGCCCCCUGCCAGCAGCCUGUACUCUUCACCCGUGAACUCGUCGGCGCCUCUGGCUGAGGACAUCGACCCCGAGCUCGCCCGGUACCUCAACCGCAACUACUGGGAGAAGAAGCAGGAGGAGGCUCGGAGGAGCCCCACGCCAUCCGCGCCAGUGCCCCUGACAGAGCCCACUGUCCAGCCCACCGAGGGCCUCUCAGGCCCUGCGAGCGUGGAGACUCCCCUCCCGGAGAUGGACCCUCAGCCUGUAACUCCCGCCGGUGGCUCCUUCAGUGAGUACCAGAACGGGGAGUCGGAGGAGAGCCACGCACAGUUCCUGAAGGCCCUGCAGAACGCUGUUACCACCUUUGUCAACCGCAUGAAGAGCAACCACGUGCGAGGCCGCAGCAUCACCAACGAUUCGGCCGUGCUGUCGCUCUUCCAGUCCAUCAAUGGCAUGCACCCCCAGCUGCUCGAGCUGCUCAACCAGCUGGACGAGCGCAGGCUGUACUACGAGGGGCUGCAGGACAAGCUGGCGCAGAUCCGGGAUGCCCGGGGGGCCCUCAGCGCUCUGCGGGAGGAGCACCGGGAGAAGCUGCGCCGUGCGGCCGAGGAGGCGGAGCGCCAGCGCCAGAUCCAGCUGGCCCAGAAGCUGGAAAUCAUGCGGCAGAAGAAGCAGGAGUACCUGGAGGUGCAGCGGCAGCUGGCCAUCCAGCGCCUGCAGGAGCAGGAGAAGGAGCGGCAGAUGCGCCUGGAGCAGCAGAAGCAGACCAUCCAGAUGCGGGCCCAGAUGCCCGCCUUCUCCCUGCCCUAUGCCCAGCUCCAGGCCAUGCCCGCGGCAGGGGGCGUGCUGUACCAGCCCUCAGGCCCCGCAAGCUUCGCAGGGACCUUCAGCCCCGCGGGCUCAGUUGAGGGCUCCCCCAUGCACGCCAUGUACAUGAGCCAGGCGGCCCCGGCCGCCGGCAGCCCCUACGCCAGCAUGCCCGGGGCCACAGCAGAUCCCAGCAUGGUGAGCGCCUACAUGUACCCAGCGGGGGCCGCUGGCACCCAGGCAGCCCCCCAGGGCCCCCCAGGGCCCACCGCCAGCCCAGCCUACUCGUCCUACCAGCCCACCCCUACGCAGGGGUACCAGAACGUGGCCUCCCAGGCCCCGCAGAGCCUCCCGGCCAUCUCCCAGCCCCCACAGUCAGGCACCAUGGGUUACAUGGGGAGCCAGUCCGUGUCCAUGGGCUACCAGCCUUACAGCAUGCAGAACCUCAUGACCACCCUCCCCAGCCAGGAUGCAUCUCUGCCACCCCCGCAGCAGUCCUACAUCUCGGGGCAGCAGCCCAUGUACCAGCAGAUGGCGCCCUCCAGCGGCCCUCCCCAGCAGCAGCCCCCAGUGGCCCAGCAGCCACCUGCACAGGGGCCACCGGUGCAGGGCAGCGAAGCCCAGCUCAUCUCGUUUGACUGACCCUAGCCGGGGAGCUCGCCAUCCAGAGUAACACUACGGUUCAAACCGCUGCCUCCGUCUCUUAACUAGCGUCGUCCGCCCACCUUGCUCUCUCCUCUCUUGCGUGUAGUGUCCCUGCUUCAUGUGAGCUGGGGUGGCCCUUCAUCCCAGGCCUCCUCCUUUGUUCUCGCCUGCUGGCUCCUCCUCCCCCCAGGCCUCAUCCCUGUCCCUGUCUCCCUGAGUCCGUCUGACUUCUUUCCCUAGGGCUGGGCCUUGGGUAGGAGGGUGGAAGGGAAGGACCUUCUCUGAGAGGAAGCCCCCAGCCCCCUGUGUCAGGUCCUGCGAUGGCUGGCGGGAGUGGGGUCUCUCUGCCUCACAGCUCUCGCCCUCCCACCCCCACCCAUGAGACCGUGGGGCCUGUGACUCGUGUGAGUGCUCCCCAGAGCCCUCCAGUGUGGCCCCCCACGCUGUCAGCAGGGGUGCUCCUGGCCCUCACAGGAAGGCUGGGGGCCUGUCUCCAGCUUCUCUUCUUCUGAGCUGUCAUCUCAUCCAGUGCCCUGCUCAGUAGACGGAAUGGAACAGUGAUAAUAAAACAUCUUUCAACAAGUA